UGAAGAUCAGAAAGCAAAUCUGUGGUACUGCUAGGUACUUGUACCACAAUUAGAUAACCAAUGCGCGAUACAACAUGGAUUCCAAUACCAAAGUAGGCGACAACAACGCUCUGCAAAGAUCUAUCAUGUACAUGUCUAUCUGUGAUAUUUAGUUUUCAUGCAGCUCUCUGAAAAAUGGGUCUCAGGAGACAAGCUCCAUUCUUUUUCCCUAUUUGGCUAGACUGGCAUAGGCGGACAAGCACUCGAUACAACACAGAAGUCCUUUAGCAAAUCAAAGAGAGAACGCACGUACACACACGCUCUCUCUCUCUCUUGCAGAAGGUGAGACAGAGAUAGCAAACGGGACGAGAGACAGCCAAGCAGUAGCGGAAAGGGGGAGAGGGGAAAAAAAAGACAAGGACAAUCAGAGGCAUGGAGACAGAAAAGAGGGAGGCAGGUGCUAGUAAGGAACUGCAGCAAGGCAGCUUUGGAAGCUGCAGAGCCAUAAACGCCACCGAAUGAUGGUUCUUCUUCAGUGUCCCACCAUCAGCUACACAAGACAUCCCAAAAGCUAGAGACCAUAUUUGAGGAAUCAGGGUUAUGCAGACUCCAGCAUCCAUGGUGAUGGGCAUCGUCUUCGCCCCCUUGGGACUGGUUCUGCUCUUUACCGCUGCCAUCACCCCCCAGUGGAGAGAGGGACAGACCCGUCUGGACUUAGCCAGGCCGGGAUCGCUUCUCCGAACUAUGACAAAAAGCCACGGAUCUGUGGACUCUCUUCUCUUGGUCCGUUCUGAUGGACUAUGGGAGAGCUGUCUUCAAGUGGAGCAUGCAGAGCUGAAGCAGUGCUGGCCAGUCGCGGGUCCCUACCAGCGAGACCGGAGAGUCCGCCUGGCGCAAGGCCUGGUGCUGACCUCCUUGUUCCUGUGCGGCACGGGUAUCGUUCUGGCCUGCAUCGGCGUCCGCUGUUGGACAGAUCUACCACUUCGAGGGGUGGCGGCGACUGGCGGACUCCUGGUGGUGAUGGCCGGGCUGCUCAGCAUGACGGCUUUGGUGGUGUACACCCACAACCUGGAGAGGCUGGGGAUGGGUGACACCCAACAGGAGGCUAACAACACACGCUUCCCGGAGUUGAGCUUGCACCCAGCUGGCUCCCUUUAUUUCGGGUGGUUGGGUUCAUGUUUACAGGUGCUGGGAGGGGGCGCUCUUGUGUUUAGUUUCAAGCGACCAAAAUGCCGAACCUGCCCGGAAUUUGCCGCCUGCCCCGCUUGUCGUCGGUGCUCGGUGAUUCACAACAAGCCUGACUCAGAUAUGUAUGAAGUCAGCUGUUAAAACAGUGUUAUUUUGUUUGGUCUUUCACUUCCAUCCAGUAAUUCAGUGAACCAGUGCAGUCGCUACUGUUGUUUGUGAACACUUUUCCACCUUUCCGAUUUUCAGAUUGUUGCAGGACUGAAGACAGAUCCUCAAAAGUUGUUGUGGAUAUGACGUAUAUCCUCGUGCGGCCUUCUCCAGCCAUGCUUUGUACUGUUAAACAAAACAUUACUCUGUGUCCAAACUACCUUAUCGGCCCAGAUAUAAGACCACUCUCCUCAUGUAACAGCAUCUUUCCAGGUCAUGGGUGAGUGACGGGAAGAAAAGCUGGCUUGUGGACAUUGGUUGUUUUGCAUGUACAGAACAACACAACUUUUGUCUUAUAUUCGGGUCAUUAAAGUCAACUUAUGUUACUUGUUUACACUUUACACCUGAUGUUAAAUGUUAAAUGAAAAUGAUGAAAAAAAUAUUUUGACAUAGCAAAUUGAUUUUAUUCUGUGUAAAAAAAAAAAUUAAACUCAUAUAUUUGUGCUCGAACAUUCUGUAUUAAAUAAAAUGCAUUCCAACAAUCCUUCAUCUUGUGCUUGAUUGCAACGUCACUGUUAAAGGAAACAUGUUUGGAAAUAUUCCUACAGUGGGAACACAGAGCUACGACGUGAGUCAGAUAAUUAGCAGAAUGAGGCACAUGACGCGAGCCGUUCACAACUUGAUGACAUUCAAUUAUUCAUGCGGGAUGACGAAUGUCUUUCUUUCAGAACUCGCUGUUAAUAUGUCACAAGUGUCAGAAAGAGUUGGUAAGUUUGGUUUUGAAUUGGCAAUAGACGUGACUUAGAAAUGUAUUUCAUAUGUGAAAACAACAAUGCUCCAUUUUUGUUGCGUUCAGUUGCAAUGUCAGGGUGAAUGCAUGCUCACUGGUUUGCAAUGGUGUAAAGUUACAUGGUAAAAAUAAUAUUAGGUUUUAAUAUUACUGAAAUACACAGCAACUGCCAGAAUUUUACAAACAUGAAGAUGACUGAAAAUGAGUUAACUCCCAUUAACACAUGGUAUUAAAUGACAAUGUUAAU